AGACUGACAGCAGAUUGUCCUUCUCAGAAGAACUCAAUCAUCAUGCAGUCCGCUCUGGUCUUCCUCGCUCUCGUUGGCUUCUCAGCCGCUGCUGUUGUUCCAUACAACAACAACAACAACAACAAUGUCAACUUCGACGACAAGGAUGGAGUGAGCUUCUACUUCAACCCAUUCUACAACAGGAACUACAACCCAUACAACAACUACAACAACUUCUACCCAUACAACAACUACUACCCAUACAACAACAACCAGAACUACAACAACUACUACCCAUACAACAACAACCAGAACUACAACAACUACUACCCAUACAGCCACUACAACAACUAUUACCCAUACAGCAACAACUACAACCCAUGCAACAACUUCUACCCAUUCAAUGGUCAGAACCAGUACCACAACUUCUACCCAUUCAACGGCCAGAGCCAGUUCAACAACCACAGGUGCUUCAACAACCAGCAUCAAUAUGGCUUUUACAACCAUGUGAACUCUCAGAGCCAGUACUACAACCAGCAGUACCAGAACCAGUUCAACAACCAGCACCAGUACAACAACCAGUACGUGAACCAGCACAGUAACCAGAUCCAGUACCAGAAUCAGUACAACAACCAGAACCAGUACCAGAACCAGUACCAGAACCAGUACAACAACCAGAACCAGUUCAACAAACACAACCAGUUCAGAAACCAGAACCAGUACAACAACAACAACCAGGUCCACUUCAACAACCAGAACCAGAACCAGUUCCAGAACCAGCACAACAACAACCAGGUCCACUUCAACAACCAGAACCAGUUCAACAACCAGGAUCAGUACUACAACAACAACCAGUACCAGAACCAGUACAACAACAACCAGGUUCACUUCAACAACCAGAACCAGUUCAACAACCAGGACCAGUACUACAACAACAACAACCAGUACCAGAACCAACAGUACAUCAACAACAACCAGUUCCAGACCCUGAAAAUCAACCAGGAGCAGAAUCAGUAACAGUAUUAUGCAGGCAAUCAAAUUAAUCUUUUGAUUUAUUUGUCAUUCCUACAUAAAUAAAAAAAAAUUCAAUUAAAAA